AUGGAGGGGUUUGAUGAUCCUGGAGUAUUUUUCUCAGAUAAUUUUGGCCUCGAAGAAAAUGAAUCACAAGAUCAAAUUAAUCUACAAGCGGUAAAAAAAAAGUUUAAAGAGUUUAUUCGACAAUUUCACACAGGAAACUUCAAUUUUAAAUACAGGGAUGCACUCAAAAGAAAUUAUAACCUUAAUCAGUAUUGGGUUGAGAUAAACAUUGAAGACUUGUCAAGUUUUGAUGAAAUUUUGGCGGAGAAACUGUAUAAAAAACCAACAGAACAUUUACCUAUCCUAGAAGAAGCCGCUAAAGAGUUAGCUGAUGAAUUGACUGCUCCUAGACCUGAGGGAGAGGAAAAAGUUGAAGAUAUACAAGUUUUGCUAUCUUCUGAUGCAAAUCCUGCUAACUUACGAGAACUUAAGUCUGAAACAGUUUCAAGACUGGUUAAGAUACCAGGCAUUAUUAUAUCAACAUCUGCAAUAAAAGCAAAAGCUACAAAGAUAUCAAUACAAUGCAGGUCCUGCCGCAAUGUUAUACCUAAUUUACCUGUAAAACCUGGUCUCGAGGGUUAUGUUAUGCCAAGAAAAUGUAAUACUGAACAAGCUGGUCGGCCUAAGUGCCCCUUGGAUCCUUACUUUAUUAUUCCAGACAAAUGUAAAUGUAUUGAUUACCAGGUAUUAAAACUACAAGAAACUCCUGAGAGCAUCCCGCAGGGUGAAAUGCCCCGCCACUUGACAGUUUACUGUGAAAGAACCCUAUGCGAGCGGGUCGCCCCUGGCGCCCGUGUCACUAUCCUGGGCAUUUACUCUAUUAAAAAGGUUGCGAAGAUUGGGAGAGAGGGGCGCGAUAAAGGGUCGGUGGGGGUCCGUUCGUCUUAUCUUCGCGCCGUCGGAUUGACCGCAGAAGAAGGUGUGACGGGUGGUCUUCGGCCAUUCACUUCUGAUGAGGAGGAACAGUUCCGUAGGCUGGCUGCCUCGCCGGACAUAUAUGAAAGGAUAGCUAAAUCUAUAGCGCCCAGCGUUUUCGGCGCCGUCGAUAUGAAAAAAGCCAUAGCCUGCUUACUAUUUGGAGGUUCGCGUAAGAGACUACCGGACGGUCUGACGCGGCGCGGUGACAUCAACAUCCUGUUGCUCGGCGACCCCGGCACUGCUAAGUCCCAGCUGCUGAAAUUCGUGGAGAAGGCCGCACCCAUCGGCGUCUACACUUCCGGCAAGGGCUCGAGCGCGGCCGGCCUUACUGCGUCCGUUAUACGAGACCCAGGAAGUCGUAAUUUCGUAAUGGAGGGGGGCGCGAUGGUGCUGGCGGACGGGGGAGUAGUAUGUAUUGACGAGUUCGACAAGAUGCGCGAGGACGACCGAGUCGCCAUACACGAGGCCAUGGAGCAACAGACCAUUUCAAUCGCUAAGGCUGGAAUAACAACAACUUUGAAUUCCCGUUGCUCCGUACUAGCAGCAGCGAAUUCAGUGUUCGGCCGAUGGGAUGACACGAAAGCUGACGACAACAUAGAUUUCAUGCCCACCAUUCUUUCAAGAUUUGACAUGAUAUUCAUUGUAAAAGAUGAACAUGACCAGAACAGAGAUAUUACGCUCGCCAAGCACAUAAUAUCGGUGCACAUGGGCGGCGACAGCGCCGAGCGCGAGGCCGCCAGCGGCGAGCUGCCGCUGUCCCUGCUGCGCCGCUACGGCGCGUACUGCCGCGCGCGCUGCGGGCCGCGCCUCUCCGCCGCGGCCGCCGAGCGGCUGCAGGCGCGCUACGUGCUCAUGCGCACCGGCGCCUCGCACCACGAGCGGCAGGCGGACAAGCGCCUCUCCAUACCCAUCACCGUUCGACAACUUGAAGCCGUCGUAAGAAUAUCGGAAUCCCUCGCAAAAAUGCAACUACAGCCAUUUGCCACAGAAGCUCAUGUAACGGAGGCUCUACGGCUGUUCCAAGUGUCCACAUUGGAUGCAGCCAUGACUGGCAGUCUUUCAGGUGCAGAGGGUUUUACAACUGAAGAAGAUCAUGAAAUGCUCUCGCGCAUAGAAAAGCAAUUAAAGCGCAGAGAGGGCCAUACU